CUCUGUCCGACCAUUUUCCGCCACCAUGUCCGCCACUCUUACCCAACACUUUGAUGGGUACAUCGACUCUGAUUUUUUCCGUUGUCCAUUGUGCCCCCCCACCGAACAUACACUAUUCUUCUCUGCACGCGCAUUCUCCUUGCAUGGUUCUCACAAACACAAACGGAAAUUUGUCAAUGACUGGAAAUGCUAUGAGUGUGCUCACUCUUUUGCAACUCGCGACGACUUUAUUCACCAUGAUUGUGUCACAUCUUAUGUGGAGCCUCACCUUGUUCGUGUCCCACCUAUCUUGGGCAAGGCACCCGAUUUCCGCCCUAUUGACGACUUUUCCGUUAUCAGCACGGCCAAGGCCUUCAUCUGUCCCUGUUGCCCUCGCCAGUACACUGAGGCCUACUCUUUGCAACGACACCAUCUUCUCAAGCACAAACGAUAUUUGCGGAUCGUUUGGACUUGUCCGUGUCGUUGUGGGUUUGCCACUGUUGAAAAGUUGGAUGUGACCAACCAUGUGAAAUAUGACUGUUCUGUUGGGACUGAUGUUGAUGAUGUUGACCUCGACAACAGUAUCUGCUAUGGUUGUGACCAAUACUUUCCUUCCUGUGAUAUUGUUGCUCAUCGUCAGACACACCCUGGUUUUGUUGAUGCCCUUGCAGGCACAUGGCGUCUCCCUUUUGCUGGAACCGACCUCUCUUCUCUGCACGAAAUUAUUGGUCUUGUUGGUUGGGAUUCUGCUACUGUUACUCAACACCUUCGUCAAAAGCGCAUAUGGAAACAUCCUAAUAUCAUCAGUUCAUUUCUACACACGUCUUCCAACUCACCACAACAGUCUGGCAUUCUCUCUCUUGUUGGCAAUUAUCCGUUUUCUGCAUUGAGUGCGAACGUGGACGUUGGUGUUGAUUAUGAAAACGACUUGGAUGAUACACCUAUUGAGGCUUUUGAUACACCAUUGGGGGCCUUGGAUAACACAACAUCCUCUGUUAUUGACGAUGGGAUUGAGGAUAAUAUUAGCUCUGGGUAUGCAACACCUCUUGCUGUUUCUCCUGCACUACCCCCUCAGCCUUCCCUCAUUUUCUUACUUGGCAAACGUACUCUGAAUGACCGCUCACCUCAACAAACUGGACAUCGAUACACGCGACCACCUGCGAAAACAUUAGCCUCUGUUGCUCAUGAUCCCCAGAUUGCUUCUGCUGCUCCUAUUAUUGUCUCUGCUUCCGAGCAAGCGUCGAAUUUUCUGCGGGGCCUUGACCUUAAACUUCCAUCACUACCUUUUUCUUCACCAUCACCCUCACCAUCACCCCAGAUCUCUCCUCUGCUUCUUGCUUCUUCUGCACCUGUUGGUGAUGUGCUGGCCGAUAUACUUGGUGACGAUGCCACUGACGCUUCUGACACUGCUGACAAUGCGACUGCGCCUGUUGUGGAUAAUUCAAUUAUUGGAGAUACUGCCGAACUUGCACUUUGCAAUGAUGGUGCGCCUGCUACUGUGUUGUCUACUCUUUCUGCUUCACCUCCAUCUUCGCAUUUAUCCUCUUCCUCACAUGAUGUGUCUUCUUCUGCUGUCAAUUGGAACGACUGUUGGAACAUGGACCCUGCUCAUCGUGCUCGUCUUUUUGCAGACCAGGAUCGCCGGAAUUCUGCUGUGGCUGCACAUCCUGUCACGCCUCCACUCGCACUACCUGCCACUUUGACACCCGUAUCUUCAUUGCGUCCUCCACCUGCUCGACGAUUUGCUGCCAUUCACCCACAACGACUUGCGCUGAUGGAAUCGUCUGCUGCAUCAUCUUCACCAAUCGUCACUUUCCCACUUAUUGGUGACUCCAUGCACCCUAGUCGUACUGCUUUGCUGAACUUGGUGAAUGCUGAUGCACCUAUCCUGACCCCCAUUGAUAAUCUCUCGUCUUCUUUGGAUGUUGAUGUGAAUGUUGUUCCACGUCGACGAUCACGUCGUAACAAAUCUGCUGCUGUCCGGCCUGGUCAGGCAUGUGUGCCUGCUGUUCGCCCCAUGACUGUUUCGAUGAUUGAAGCUGCUUUGGACUCAUCUAAUGACGACGAUGAAAAUAAUGAUGACAAUGACAAUGCUGAUGUGGAAGCCAUGGAGAUAUAUGUGGAGAAGGUCGAAACGAAAAAGACUAGACGUGGACGUGGGAAAAAGUCCGAUAGAGCAAAGGGCAAGGCCACAAUACCUGAACCGCCAAUGUUGACUCAUACUCCUGUUUCACCGGCCUCACUUGUGACUGACACUUGCACACCGCCUAUUGGCCCUGCCUUGGAUACACUGCCUGGUUUGUCUCCAUUGUCACCUGCUCGCUGGAUCCAUAAAUGGAUCGUCCGAGUUUCUAAAAGGGAUUUCUCUUUGGAGCUCCUAUCCCUGCUGAAAUCCGUUCCCAAUUCUGGUGCCCUCUCAUCGGGUAGCCAAUAUGCUAAAAUGCGCAAGGCCUAG